GCUCCACAAGCUUCUGUAAAAUGUUGAUCAUUUUUUUCUCGGGAUCUACGAGGGCGUUGUCAAAAGCUCAUGGAGAUUAAUGAAGUAAAGUGUGGGGUAGUGGCUGGAGGCGGAGUAGAAGAAGGAGGAGGUGGAGGAGGGUUUGGAUGUCGAUGGUUGAUGGCGCAUCAACAAGGCCGUGGGGGAGGAGGAGGAGGAGGAGGGGGAGACGACGAGCUGCAAGGUCGGGAGGAGGAAACUCGGACUCUAAGAAUAAGAGCUUGUAGAAAGCGGGUGAUGAUGAUGAUAAUGAUGGCGCUACUGUUGAUGAUGCAAACGGUCAUGAUGUUGGUGAUAUUGACGAUGAUGAUGAUUCGAACGGUCUUGAUGACGCUAUUGAUGAUGACGACGAUGAUGAUGAUGAUGAUGAUGAUGAUGAUGAUGGUGAUGAUACUAUUGAUGGUGUUAUUCGUCAUGAUGACACUAUUGAUGAUGAUGAUGAUGACACUAUUGAUGAUGAUGUUGUGCAAGACAGUCUUCACAGCCUCAGCAACUCGAGCGGUUGAGCACUUCCUUGAGAAGGGGAAGCCGUGCACAGACAGGACAGGCGAGGUGCUGCACUUGCUUGCGUUUGGCGGGGCGAAGAUUGAGGGGGAGGCAGCGAAGAGGAUGCUCCAUGCAUACAUGGCGGAAAAGGGCAUAGCAGAGGAUACGGGGAUGACACCCCGGGGGGUGGCGGAGAAUGUAGUGGUGGACGAGAUGGAGGCACUUCUUCGGCCACCUCCCGUACCAGGGAGAGAGGAUUCGACAGCGGUUUCUGGCGCAGCACUCCGGUCAUCCGAGGAACGAACCAAGAAGGGGACAGAGGGCGAUCCAGCGGGUGCUGUUGAGGAUCCUUCAUGUCAGGCAUCCACGAGUGCUGCAAAAUCAGGGAAGAAAAAGCAAACCUCCAUCCGCAAAUGGGCUGAAAACACUGCGCAGAAGAAACUCGACCUUCAGUGGGGAAGGGCUUUGUGUCAUUCCGGGGUCCCCUUCAACUUUGUGCGACAGGAUGAGACCAAAGCGCUCCACAACCUAUACAUGGAGUUGGGUGCUCAGAAGGCCAAAACCCAAAUGACUUCCUUCGAAGCUAUCCGGACCAUCGUUUUAGACACAUUGUACGAUGAGGUGAAGCAGACAGUGCAGCCCAUCAUGGAUAAGAUGGCUAUCUCGGGUUGCACGCUGAUCACUGAUGGGUGCACGGACAGGAAGUUCAGGCCUGUCUUGAACUUCAUUGCUGCAGGAGGAGGGGCGGUCCUUGUGAAGGUGAUGGACAUGUCGGGCAGGAAGGAAACCGCCACGGCCCUUGCCAAACUUUGGAAGGAGGUAAUCAGGGAGAUUGGAGUCCAUAAGGACACGGAUGAGGAGGUGGCAAGGCAGGCGAGACUGAGGAAAGCGCCGAGGGGGAGAAUUUUGAAAGGCGAUGAGUAUGAUGAUACAUCCAGCUCUGAGGAUGACGAGGAUCUGAUCAUUUGGAGUGGGAAAGAAAACAAUGCACAACCGAGGAGCCAACCAGCACGAUUAGCGAAAGAAAAGGCUCAGAUCGAUGUGGACUCCGAGGAGGAGGAAGAGGAAGAGAGCGAGUAUGACCAAAACGUGGGGGAUGACCCAGACUUCGAGGAUGGGGAUGACGGCCCACCAUUGACCGACGCACGUUUCAUAAGAAAGGCCCAAGACCGGGUCGCGGAUGAGACUGUUGAGGAUAAUGUGGAAAGGGCCGCAGAGAGGGCCCUUGCAGAGAGGGAUUGUGCAAUUGUGCAGCAGAGGAUUGAAGAGGAUAAUGCAAGACGUGUGGCGGGGCCCCCUUUUUCAAGAGUCAGCAAGGCACAGGACGUGCAGUCAGCACUUCAUCGUGAAGCAGCGGACAUUCAGCAACAGAAGCGGGAGGAUGUCCAACAGAAGGAGGAUGCGCGACAGCAGCAGCACAACAUAAAGUCGCAGCAGCAGGAGGAUGGGCAGCAGCAGCAACAACAAAAGCGGAAAGAUGUCCAAGAGCAGGAGGACACGCAACAGCAGCAGCACGACAUAGAGUCGCAACAGCAGGAGGAUACACGGGCGGAUGUCCAACAGCAGCAUGACAAUGCGCAACUGUAUAAGCAACAACGGAAACAACUCCAGCAGUAUGGGCAGCGACAUGAACAACAACCACAUCAGCAGCGGCAGCAACCUCACCUUCACCAGCAGCAGCAACAACAAGCAUCUCAGCAGCUGCGUCAGAUGCAGUGUCCACUGCCUUUCACUACCUUGCAGGAUGACCUCGUGCAAGACAAUUUGGAGGUCACUCGGGUAGGCAGAAAGAGGAAGCCUGUUGAUCAUGCGGUUGCUGAGCCAACAGUGAAACGGGGGCGUGGUCGGCCCCGCAAAGAUGAGGUAAAACCCGAGGUGCCGGCAGUCAAACGGGGGCGGGGGCGGCCACGCAAAGAGCAACCCCGCAUCAUCGAUGACGAUCCCACCACACCGGAGGAUGACAGCGACGGGAUGUUCGGCAACAAGUCGGACCCUGAUUGGCAUUAGAAAGGGGAAUUGCUUCUUCUUCUUCUUCUUCUUCUUCUUCUUCUUCUUCUUCAUUUAUUUUUUUUCAUCCUCCAUCAUUUCUUCAAGAUGAUAGUGCUUGUGACCUGUGUUUCUCUAGCGGUCAAGCGGACCAAUUUUCUUUGUUUGUUUUUUUUCUUCUGCUUGUUGGUUGGUGCGGUGUCUGCUAUGUGGGCAGAGUACAGUACUAUGUGGGCAGAGUGCAGGGCUAUGAGUGUAGAGUGCAGUACCACGUAGGCACUGUAAAGCAACAGUGUGCGGUAUAAUGUGGGCAGAGUGUCGUGCUGUGUGAGUUGGGUGUGCAGAGUGCAGUACCAUGCUGUGUUGGUGGUAGAGUGUUGUGCUAUGUGAGUUGGGUGUGUGGUAUCACAUGGGUAGAGUGCAGGACCAUGUAGAAUUAUGUUAGCUGCGUGUGUGCCAUUGUGUGGUGCUAUGUGAGCAUGGUGGAUUGCAAUGUGGUCGGAGUGAAGGAUUGAUUGUCCUUUGUCAUAUCUAUCUUGUGUGGUGUUAUGUGAGCAUGGCGGUCCUUUUUUGCGGCCCCCUGGACCUCUGCAAAUCCGUUUUUUUUUCAUUUUUUCCGCAUCUGCCAUCUGGCCCUGCACCACUGCUUUGAUUCGGUUUUCACACCAGCUUGAUUAUGCUCAACACGCAUGCAGGAAUCCCGAUUCAGUGAUUCACACAAUAGAUGCACACUUGAAAUUUAUCUGGAAACUCUUAACUUACAUACACAGCCCAAUCAAGCUUUGCCCAUGAU